UAGAGAAUAUAUACAGUCAAAUCAGGGCCAUUUGAACAUGUUGAGGUAUUUGACAGCAAAAUAAAUAAAUGGACCAUGGAUGGGUGGGGGAUGCGGGCUUUAGGACCAGGCGUCGCGACUGAACGUAUUCAUUACGCAUAUUCUGUUGCAAAACGGUUCUUAAACAGAAGCAAAUUUAAUUAAACGGGGCCGAACAACCUGCAUUUGUCCAAUAGCAACUAUUGUUUUCGUUGCAAAACGCACCUGUUUUGACUGACGAUUACCCUGCACUGUAAAAGACUGGGGACGCACUGCAACUCCAACAAGCGAGUUCAAAGCACAUCAAAUUUCAGAUGCAAAACUGGGCAAGCCACGACUCAUAUCAUGGUAUAGAAUGAGGUUGCAUUGACCCUGCUAGUACUAGCCCAGUAGCCUAGCAUCAAGGUGGAGGCUGGGUCACAGUGAUCAGUAACCCGACUAGGAGGCUCGACUCCAGGCUAGCCAGCCUGCCAGCGGAGGGAGGGAGGGGGCCUGGUCCUGGAAUGGCCUGGUGAGCUGCACCGCCUAGCAGCAGAGGAAGGUUUGUGAUGAGCGGGAAGAGCCUGCUGUUAAAGGUGAUCCUGCUGGGGGACGGCGGUGUGGGAAAGUCUUCCUUAAUGAACCGCUACGUCACGGACCGCUUCGACUCCCAGUCCUUCCACACCAUCGGGGUCGAGUUCCUCAACAGAGACCUGGAGGUGGGCGGGCGCCUGGUGACCCUUCAGAUCUGGGACACGGCUGGUCAGGAGCGCUUCAAGUCCCUGAGGACGCCGUUCUACCGUGGCGCCGACUGCUGCCUCCUCACCUUCGCUGUAGACGACCUGCACAGCUUCCAGAACCUGGCCAGCUGGAAGAAAGAGUUCAUGUGUUACUCUGACGUACGAGACCCAGAGAGGUUCCCCUUCGUUGUCCUGGGCAACAAGGUGGACAAAGAGGGGAGGGAGGUGGGGGAGGACAAGGCUCAGGCCUGGUGCGAGGAGAACGGCUGUUGUCCCUACUUCGAGACCAGUGCAAAGGACGAUACGAACGUGGGAGUGGCGUUUGAGGCAGCGGUACUGGAGGUUCUGGCGGCGGAGGAUCAGAUCGACCACACAUUGUUGAGUAGCACUAUCGAUCUCCACGGCAACCGUAAAGUACCGCGCUCUUCUUGCUGCUGAUUGGUUGAAAGGAUUGGUCGGAGCUAGCCCCUCCCUGAGUUCUCUCUGUCUAGCACUCUGGGAGCUCUCCACUGAUGAUGAUGCAGGUACAAGCUACUGAGACAACUUGAUUAUCAACACAUCUGAUUUUAAAUAGUGUUGUGUUGUCGGUACAGACUGAGUUGGAAGAGUAUUGGAUAAUCAACACAUCUGAUUUUGAAAGGUUAUUAAUGAGGUACAAUGUAACAGGUAAGACCGUGUUGUUCAACUCUGUCUGUGUUCUGCAGUAUAUCACAACACUGCUGUCUACAUCCAGCCAGCUUCAGCUUCAUGUACCUGCCCUGUGAAGUGUUUUCACCAUUUACGCUUAUCCCUCCUACAUAAGUCAUUAUAAUCCGAUAAUAUUAACGUGUCCUUUCUGUACUCCUCUCCAAGGCUGCUUGUGGCACAGCAACAUGCUCAUUCAUUAAUCUCUUUAAGUCUUCUAAGGUCUCAGAGAUACUCUGACCAGAACAUGACCAUCACCCUGUCAGAUCUCACAGAUACUCUGACCAGAACAUGACCAUCACCCUGUCAGAUCUCACAGAUACUCUGACCAGAACAUGACCAUCACCCUGUCAGAUCUCACAGAUACCCUGACCAGAACAUGACCAUCACCCUGUCAGAUCUCACAGAUACUCUGACCAGAACAUGACUCGGACAUAGACCUGGUCUGUUGACUGACUGGUAUAAUAUAAUGACAUAGACCUGGUCUGUUGACUGACUGGUAUAAUAUAAUGACAUAGACCUGGUCUGUUGACUGACUGGUAUAAUAUAAUAUAAUAUAAUAUAAUGACAUAGACCUGGUCUGUUGACUGACUGGUAUAAUAUAAUGACAUAGACCUGGUCUGUUGACUGACUGGUAUAAUAUAAUAUAAUGACAUAGACCUCCAAGUGAAGCUGGACAUUUUUUCCAGUUCAGUUAAAGAAUUGACAAAAUUGAUUACACACAUUACUGUACCAGGAAAAAUGUUUACUGCACAAAGGAAUGACAUUUUCUUUGAUUUUCUCCCAAAGGGAAAGAUGUUUCUGUUCUGUCGUAUCUGUUAACACUGGGUACAUAUGAGGUACUUUGUAUCUACGGUCGUGGCCAAAAGUUUUGAGAAUGACACAAAUAUUCAUUUUCACAAAGUCUGCUGCCUCAGUUUGUAUUAUGGCAAUUUGCAUAUACUCCAGAAUGUUAUGAAGAGUGAUCAGAUGAAUUGCAAUUAAUUGCAAAGUCCUUCUUUGCCAUGCAAAUGAACUGAAUCCCACAAACAUUUCCACUGCAUUUUAGCCCUGCCACAAAAGGACCAGCUGACGACAUGUCAGUGAUUCUCUCGUUAACACAGGUGUGAGUGUUGACAAGGACAAGGCUGGAGAUCACCCUGUCAUGCUGAUUGAGUUUGAAUAACAGAUUGGAAGCUUCAAAGGGAGGGUGAUGCUUGGAAUCAUUGUUCUUCCUCUGUCAACCAUGGUUACCUGCAAGGAAAUACAUGCCGUUAUCAUUGCUUUGCACAAAAAGGGCUUCACAGGCAAGGAUAUUGCUGCCUUUAAGAUUGCACCUAAAUAAACCAUUUAUCAGAUAAUCAAGAACUUAACAGGAGAGCGGUUCAAUUGUUGUGAAGAAGGCUUCAGGGCGCCCAAGAAAGUCCAGCAAGUGCCAGGACCGUCUCCUAAAGUUGAUUCAGCUGCGGGAUUGGGGCACCACCAGUACAGAGCUUGCUCAGGAAUGGCAGUAGGCAGGUGUGAGUGCAUCUGCACGCACAGUGAGGCGAAGACUUUUGGAGGAUGGCCUGGUGUCAAGAAGGGCAGCAAAGAAGCCACUUCUCUCCAGGAAAAACAUCAGGGACAGACAUAUUCUGCAAAAGGUACAGGGAUUGGACUGCUGAGGACUGGGGUAAAGUCAAUUUCUCUGAUGAAUCCCCUUUCCGAUUGUUUGGGGCAUCCGGACAAAAGCUUGUCCGCAUGAAUAAAGAAUGGUAUCAACAUAUCCUCCGAGAGCAACUUCUCCCAAUCAUCCAGGAACAGUUUGGUGAUGAACAAUGCCAUUUCCAGCAUGAUGGAGCACCUUGCCAUAAGGCAAAAGUGAUAACUAAGUGGCUCGGGGAACAAAACAUUGAUAUUUUGAGUCCAUGGCCAGAAAACUCCCCAGAACUUGUGGUCAAUCCUGAAGAGGUGGGUGGACAUACAAAAACGAAUACAUUCUGACAAACUCUAAGCAUUGAUUAUUCAAGAAUGGGCUGCCGUCAGUCAGGAUGUGGCCCAGAAGUUAAUUGCCAGCAUGCCAGGGCGGAUUGCAGAGGUCUUGAUAAAGAAGGGUCAACACUGCAAAUAUUGACUCUUUGCAUCAACUUCAUGUAAUUGUCAAUAAAAGCCUUUGACACGUAUGAAAUGCUUGUAAUUAUACUUCAGUAUCCAUAGUAACAUCUGACAAUAAUAUAUAAAGACACUGAAGCAGCAAACUUUGUGGAAAUUAAUAUUUGUGUCAUUCUCAACUUUUGUCCACGAGUGUAUACCAGAUGAUCCGGUAUUCUCUCCAAAUAUCCUAUAGGACUAACACUUCCUAGAAAGCCUGUGUGUGAGAGUUGUAGGAGACACUGGCUGUAAUUUCAUCCCUUACCUACUACGGUACAUCCAUUUCUUCUGAGAUCCCAUCCAUUUCUUGUGAGAUCCCAUCCAUUUCUUGUGAGAUCCCAUCCAUUUCUUGUGAGAUCCCAUCCAUUUCUUGUGAGAUCCCAUCCAUUUCUUGAGAUCCCAUCCAUUUCUUGUGAGAUCCCAUCCAUUUCUUGUGAGAUCCCAUCCAUUUCUUGUGAGAUCCCAUCCAUUUCUUGUGAGAUCCCAUCCAUUUCUUGUGAGAUCCCAUCCAUUUCUUGUGAGAUCCCAUCCAUUUCUUGUGAGAUCCCAUCCAUUUCUUGUGAGAUCCCUUUAAUUUUUUCGGUCUCUCUUGACACUUCAAUGUUAAGGAUAUAAUGUUCUUCGUCAAUAAAGCGUAUUCUCUGUAGAGAAGCCAGUUUUUGUUUGGCAAAUGGCAGAUGCAUUUCUCUUUUCAGAAGUGCAUUUGUUCUGAUAUUUACUGUGUGUUUUCUACCAUGUAACAUGUGUUUGGGUUGGUGUGUCACUAAGGAAGAGUGAUGUUUGUUUCUCAGCCCUCCUGCCUUGCCGGUCUACCGCCUGGGCCCUGUUCUUUGUGUCUUCACUUUUACCAAUCUAAUCAGAACUUUAUAAACACACAAACAUAACUAAUCUGCCUCUCAAUUAAAAUGACAUGACUGUCUGGUACAGCAGAGGGGUCCACUGGGAAAGAGCCAGACAUUCAAUGAAACUUCAGCAUUGGGUUAUGUUGACUCUGUUCUCAUGUUACAUCUGUAUCUAUCGAAGGUGUUGAUUUUUACUCAGCCCGUAGUAUUUAGGAAAAACAGUUUAAACAAAAUAACCAUUUAUUAUGUUCCAGGUCAUGGUACGUAACAGAAGAGACGUAUUAACUGACACGCAAAUGUCUUGUUUUAACAGUUAACUAUACAUGAGAUGUAUUUUUACCCAAUGGAAAAAGAGGUGCUUAAAGUCAGACAUCACAUUUUACUGCUAGUUAAACUAUAUCCCUGAGAAUGUGUUAUCUUUCACACUCUGUUUAACAGACAGUUCUCGUCUCCUCACCCGUCUCGUCUCACCCGUCUCGUCUCACCCGUCUCAUCUCCUCACCCAUCUUGUCUCCUCACCCAUCUUGUCUCCUCACCCGUCUUGUCUCACCCCCACUAACCAAUGCUGAUGACCCUGUUUUUGUUUUUCAGUGUACUCCGUUCCUUUGGAGUACACAAAGACAUGGUUAAUGUACAUUGUAAAUGGCUUUCAUUUUAAUUCCUGAAAUAAUACUGUACCAACUGACUGAAAUCAUUUAAACUCCACCCAAGUGUUUAGUCUGCUUUGAGCUGAGUAAGAGAUGUAUAACUAUCAUACAGUUGUAAUGUAGAACUAUAUAUCUGUUGAUUGCUUGUUGCAAAUCCAAUAUCAAAACUUAGUUAAAACCACUCUUCCCCUCGUUGCCCUGUGGAGCUUAAGACUGUCCCUUUACACAGCUGCUUCCCAAAUGGCCCCCGAUUUAAUACAAUAUAUAGUGCACUACUUUUGACCAGAGCCCCAUGGCCCCACUAUAUAGUAGGUAGCCUAGUGGUUAGAGCAUUGGGCCAGUAACUGGAAGGUUUCUAUAUCUGAAUCCCCAAGCUGACAAGAUAGAAAUCUGUCGUUCUGCCCCUGAGGAAGAGAGUUAACCCACUGUUCCAUCAGGCGCCGAAGACGUGGAGGUCGAUUGAAGGCAGCCCCCCCGUAUCUCUCAUUCAGAGGGGUGGGUUAAAUGCAGGAAGACACAUUUCAGUUGAAUACAUUGUUGUACAACUGACUAGGUAUCCCCCUUUCCCUAUAUAGGGAAUCGGCCCUAUGGCCCCUGGUCAAAAUGAUGGCACUAUAUAGGGAAUCGGCCCUAUGGCCCCUGGUCAAAAUGAUGGCACUAUAUAGGGAAUCGGCCCUAUGGCCCCUGGUCAAAAUGAUGGCACUAUAUAGGGAAUCGGCCCUAUGGCCCCUGGUCAAAAUGAUGGCACUAUAUAGGAAUCGCCCUAUGGCCCCUGGUCAAAAUGAUGGCACUAUAUAGGGAAUCGGCCCUAUGGCCCCUGGUCAAAAUGAUGGCACUAUAUAGGGAAUCGGUUGCCAUAUGGGAUGCAGUCAGAUUGAUGUAGGUGUGAAUACUAUCCAAUACUGUACAACAAUAAAACCAAACAUGAAACAUAACAAAUACAGGAACUGACUUGUAUGUGGUUCUUCUUUUCGAAGAAGCCCAACUCCUAACCAACACGCCUCCACCGUGAACAAGUCAUGUACUAUGCAUUUA